AUGGAUCUUGCUGAUUCAAAACCCUGUCCAAAACCUCUACCAUCAUCCAAGUACAUAACAAUACAUUUUCCCUCUCCUCUCCACUUCUUUACCAAAGUCCCAUCGAUCCACAACAUGCUAGGUAUGCACGUUAGCAACGCAAUUAAACAAAAAAUUAUAGAAGGGCAGUAUAUUGAUCUGGCCUCUCUAUUACCUCCUAGACCUGGUGGGGAUGAGAAAAAAUUAAUUGUAAAUAAUAUGGGGGAAAUAAUAUCCAAGGAUGCUAACCCCAAAAAUGUUGAUACCAUAGAACAGUGGACUGAUCUCAUGUUUAUAUUUGCUGGGAUUUAUCUUAGUGGCCACCCUGCUAAAUCCAUAGAGCUUUUGAAAUACAUGCAUUGUGUUAGGAUGGGGGCUAAUAAGGGAGCAAUGGGAUGGAAAGAAUACGAUGUUCAGUAUAGGUUACGUAUGGCACAUAAUCCAGCAUCAUCAUGGGAGGAAGUGGAUUCUGAGCUCUGGUUAAUGUACAUGACCCCAACUUCAACCGUUAAUGCUCCUCAAACCCUGCCCAGAGCUACAUCCAUAGGAAAGUGCUACAACUUCAAUUUCAAAGGGUCUUGCGAAAAGUUUCCUUGCACGUACACUCACAGUUGUUUACGUUGUAGCGGCCAGCAUGCUAUGAUACACUGCACUCUUGCUCAAACUCAUAUGCAUAAUUUUCAUGCCCCCAGAUUCCCAACACAACAUGCUAACAAUCAACCCAGGACACAACAAUCGCAUUUCAGGGGACCCCAGAACCCCAACAACCUGCGCCCCCGUUUUAAAUUUACAAACCCACAAGGUGUGGGGCCUCGGCAAAACCCCUAUUAA